CUGUUAAAAUUAGUAAAUCAGGAUGGGACAUCUUAUAUAACCUAGUAGAGUUGCAGUAUUAAAUGUGCAUUUUUAGUUGCUCGACAUUUAAUUGCCGGUGACUUGAAAAAGAAUAAUAUAAUUUGUCAUUACUGUUUUCUUCAACGCAUUAGCGACCAGUGUUGCCAGUAUUUCCAGUAAGAAAUAAUUUUUAAAAUAGACAGCUUUUACGUUUUUUCUUGACAUUUAUGAAUGUAUAGAAAAAUUAUAUUUUGGCUCAAAAGUUUUACCUACCUACUCAUUUAUUUUAUUAAUUAGAUUUGUGUAUAUUGUUCUCACGGACCCUCUAGAUAUGAUAAAAUAGUCUAAAUAAUUUGUUUUGUCGUAGAUUAAUAUUAUAAAAAACCUAUAACUAAAACUUGUUUUUUGCAUUGUAAUAAAUAAUUUUUUUUUAUAUAUAUACACCCACAGUCAGUAAAAUAGUACAUUUUCAAUUUAUAUGAAUAUAAUUAUUAUUGAUGAAGAAAUAUUUACCAUACGUUUGUUAUGUUUUCAAAGAUAAUUAUAUUAUGCAUGUUUGUUAAAUUAGUCAUUACAGAGUUAAUAAUCAAUUAUGUAAAUAUUACAUUACUAAAUACUAUGUAUUGACACUACAUAAGUCGAGCAUAAUGGUACUAAGCAAAGAAUAAAAAAAUAACAAUAAACAUUAUGUUUAAGAUUGGUUACAGUUGUAUUUUUUAUUUAAAUAUGAUAAAAUGUCAGUUUGUUUUUAAUUAAAUUAAACUUCAUAAAAUAUCAACUUGCAGUUUUGAAUUAAAAAUAAAAAUAAUUUUAAAAUACCAAUAAUUGAAUGUAAAUCAAAUAACCACUUCUACAUGUUUUCAUAAAAGAUCUUCGUGAUUUAUUUAUCAUGGCUUUUGGAAUUGUCGAUUAUGUUGUACUUGGUGUAAUUAUUUGUAUAUCAUCAGCGAUUGGCGUGUAUUUUCGAUUUACGGGUGGCAAACAAAAAACUACUCAAGAAUAUAUGAUGGGAAACCAAAAUCAAGGUAUCAUACCCGUAGCAUUUUCUUUACUCACCGUUUAUACAUCAUCUUCUUCUCUAUUCGGAGGAAGUGCAGAAAUUUAUAGUCAUGGAACUCAAUUCGUUAUACUCUAUAUAGGAUACAUCAUUGGGACACCAAUAAUAACAUACGUUUUUCUGCCUGUAUUUUUCAAACUAGGGAAACUCUCUGUAUACGAAUAUUUAGAGAAACGGUUUGGAAGACUAACUAGAACUACUGUUUCCAUAGCAUUUAGUAUAAAAACAGUUUUAUAUAUGGCUAUAAUGCUGUAUGCUCCAGCUCUCACAUUUGAAACUAUAAUUGGGGUUUCUCUUGAGUUUUCUAUUGUUUUGGUCGGUGUAGUUUGUAUAGUUUAUUCGGCAAUUGGUGGUAUCAAGGCAAUUAUAGUAACAAGCAUGUUUCAAGUGAUCAUUAUUUUAGGCUCAAUAUUCGCAGUAAUUGGAGUUGCUAUGUAUGAAACAGGUGGCUUAUCAGAAAUUUGGAGUAUUGCUAAACAUGAUGGCCGUAUUGAACUAAAUAAUUUUAACAUAGAUCCAACAGAAAGACAUACAUGGUUAAAUUUGACAUUAGGAGGAAUUUUAAUUUAUUCUAUGAAUGGUAUUACCCAAGUUCAAGUUCAAAAAUAUCUUACCAUGAAAGAUAAAACAUCAGCAAUCAAAUGCGUUUGGCUUAGUUUACCAAUUUUAUUAAUAAUAUCAUAUUCAAAAUGUUUCACUGGCUUGGCUAUCUAUUCAAAAUAUCAUAACUGUGAUCCAGUCAAGUCUGGACGUAUUAUAAAAGAUGAUCAAUUACUAUCAUUGUAUGUGAUGGAUACAAUGGGAAACAUUCCAGGAAUGACAGGCUUAUUUGUUGCUGGCGUACUGUCGUCAGGAUUAAGUUCUGUAUCACCAGUUAUUAAUUCAAUGGCUGCUAUUUCAUUAGAAGAUUACAUAAAUCCAUUUAUUAAGGAUGAGUUAACUGACAAGCAAAAAGUAUUUUACUUAAAAUUAUUGGUUGUCUCUUAUGGUAUUUUAUUUAUUUUACUGAGUUUUUUCAUAAAAUAUUUCGGAUCUCUUUUACAAAUGUCUUUAACAUUAACGGGUGUGUUUGGAGGUCCAGUUGUAGCUAUUUUUACGCUUGGAAUGUUAAUACCAUAUGCAAAUGAAAAAGGUUCAUUAACUGGGCUCACUUUGGGCCUCAUAUUUUCUUCUAUUCUUUGCUUUGGUGGACCAAAACCUGCUAUCAAAUCCUUACAUAGAACUAUAAGUGGAUGUACGGUAUUGAAUGAAACUGUCAUUACACUAUUAAAUUCAACUUUAUCUAAUAAUAAAUCAGAAGACAGUUAUUUUUAUAUAUAUCGUAUAAGUUACAUGUACUAUGUUGUUUUGGGAUUUGCUGUCACUUUCAUAGUAGGAUUAAUAGUAAGCGCAAUGUUUUAUGAUUCGAACCGAGUGGUUGAUCCAGAACUAUUCACGCCAUUUAUAGCAAAUAGAUUAAAAAAAACAAGGAAUUUUAAUAAACGAUAUUCUACUAGUAUGGAGUUAAAACAGCAAAAUGAAACUUUACUUCCUAAAAUUUAACUUUUUAAGUUAAUUUUCAAGACUAACUUCAGUUUUUAGCUAAAAAGUUGAUUAAAUUUUUAACUUUUUCUUACAUAACUGAAUUAUUUUUUGUACAAAAACCAACUAUAUUUAUCAAUACACACUCUAAAAGAUCAACCAAAACAGCACUUAUUUAUUUAAAACCAUUUAAUUAUUUUUAUCACUAAGAUCCACCUCAGGCCCGAUGCUUUACGAACCUCAGGCAUAUUAGGUCCUUUGAUACGUCUUUGCGGAUAGAAUCUAGUAGAAGCACGAUAAGUGUUUUGCACAAGAUAUAUUACCUCAAAAUCAUUGUAACAAAAAUAUAGUAAAAAAUUUAAUAAUAAAAAAAAGGUGCAUGAAAUCCGUAGAGCUCGGCGUAUAGGGGAAAGCGCAAUUUUAAAAUAGUAAAAUAAUAUUCAAAGUUCAUACAUUUUUUUAGGCAUCCUUUAAUUUUCACUUAUUUAUGUAAAAAGUUAUUUUUAUAUACAUUACGAAAUUCAUUGUUUACAAUAUUAUAUUAAAUUAUAUUAUCAUACGUUUAUGUCAAAUAAUUAUAUUUAAAAUCAUUUAAGUAAUUUAUGUUUAUAAUGAAA